UACAAACCACUGUAUGUCUAUAUGCAGUUGUAAAGCAUUGAUGAAAUAGUGCAAUUUACUGUAAUGAAGAUGGUAGAAACUCAUAGAAAAAGCAUCUCAACCAACUUGUCCUUUAUCAAAAGCUAAUAAUAAAAAAAUUAUUGUGAUGAGAAUACCAGAACCCUCUUUUCAUUGUUGAUUAAUCAUGGCACAUUCCAGACUCCUCUUCUAUCACUAUAAGUAUGGUGGCUUGGCUCCUCUCAUCAAUCAACAAGUCAUCAAAGUUUCCAUAGAAAUUGAUCUGUUUUCUUGUGUUUAGAGCUUUUCUUGAUCACUCCCAGAAAAUGUCUCUCAUUCCUAGCUUCUUUGGUGGCCAGCGAGCCAACGUCUUUGAUCCUCUAUCUCUUGAUCUCUGGGAUCCCUUUGAAGGCCUCUUCUCUUCUUCUCCGGCGAGGGAAACCUCUGCAAUCUCUGCCGUGAGGAUUGACUGGAAAGAGACCCCGGAGGCUCACAUUUUCAAAGCUGAUCUUCCCGGGGUGAAAAAGGAGGAAGUGAAAGUUGAGGUGGAGGAUGGGAGGGUUCUUCACAUCAGCGGAGAGAGGAGCAAAGAGAAAGAGGAUAAAAAUGAUAAGUGGCACCGCAUUGAGCGCAGCAUUGGGAAGUUCUUCCGGAGGUUCCGCCUGCCGGAAAAUGCGAAGAUGGAUGAGGUGAAAGCCGGCAUGGAAAAUGGAGUGUUGACAGUCACCGUGCCCAAAACGGAGGAGAAGAAACCAGAGGUGAAGGCCAUUGAUAUCGUUGGUUAAACUUGUUAUCUUACAUAAAGCCAUUAGUACUUCGAAUUUCAAAUAAAAUAGAACUGUUUGUAUGUUGUAUGUUUUAUGAGUUUCCUUAAUCUUUAUGAGUGUAAUCCUUUGAUUUUAUAUUUUUCUCAUCCUAAUAAUAUUACAUGCUUGUCUUUUUCUU